CAUAUGACUCGCGGGAGUGGGGGCGGUGAGGUUUGCGCUAAUGGGGGCACUUGUAGUCAGCCGCAAAAGUAGUUGGCGAUUUAAGUAAAAAAAAAAAAAAAGUAAGUAAGAAAGACGUUUCGUACUAAACAAACUUUACAUUUAUAUUUGCGGAAAGCACAAAGGCAUCGGGGAUUUCUCAUUUAUGCAUAUGCAAAAUCAGCUUCGUGGGAAUAAUUUAAUUUUUGUGAAGGAAUCGUCAGACCUAUGGACAUAAUGGAAACUCCGCAGACAAAUGGAGGUGUGUUACCUGACCGUAAUCUCCCAGGUUUAAGAGUUGAUGGAAAAUAUUACCGGGGAAAAAACGAAUCGGAGAGCGAAAUCAGCACGAGGGUUCCUGUUGUGACCUGUGUAUCAUCGGUGUGCGCACCUUCUUCAUGCAAUGUGCGCCUCUGUCUACCUGGAAUCAUGGAUUCAGAGGGGAGAGUAGACGGGUCCAGGCUACGCACGUACAUAUUCAAAAACGGUGGAGUUUCUCCUUCAGAACGUGGCCAAGUGUGGCGUUUCCUGUUUGGCGUGUACCCCUGUGGUUCCACCACGUCUGAGCGCUCUUUGCUGCAUGAACAGCUAGCUGUGAGAUACCACGUUAUGAAGAGGAAAUGGCAACAGCUACUUCCUGCUGCCGUGUGCAUGCGUCUCAAUGGCACGGACGCUGAGCUGGUGGCAGCCGUGAGGUACUUCGAACAGAGGAAAGAGAAGGUGAAGCAGCAGUGUGAAAAUCAGAGCCAGGAGCUCAGGGAAAUACUCUCCUUUCUGGAGCUACAGGCACAGGUGAUGCUGGAGCGUGUCUCCUUUGAUUUGGAGGAGCUGCAAGAAGCUGUACGCAUCAUUGACAAAGAUGUUCCUCGGACAGACAGGGACCUUGAUUACUACCUGGGAGAAGGUUCCAGCAAUCUCCUGGUGCUGCGUGAGAUUCUGAUCACAUUUGCAGCUUUUCAUCCAGAGGUCAGUUAUGCCCAAGGAAUGAACGAUCUAUGCAGCCGGAUCCUGGAGGUCAUGGACUCCGAAGUGGACACCUACUGGAGCUUCUCCUGCUACAUGGAGAGGUUCUCUCGGGACUUUUGUGCAGAUGGCCUGCGUCGGAAGAUUGAGCUAGAGGCCGAGCUACUGAAGGAGCUGGACCCCCAGCUCCACGCUCAUCUGGUCACGGACAGCAUGGAUAAGCUCACCUUCUGCCACAGGUGGCUGCUGCUGGGCUUCCAGCGGGAGUUUGAGCACAUCGAUGCCCUGAGGCUCUUUGAGAUCCUGAGCUGUGACCACCUAGAGCUCAUCUCUCAGCGGGUGGAGAAGGCCUGGUAUCAGGAACGGCUGGCCUGCAAGCACAGCCUGGAGGACAAGCCAGUAUUAGAACGGACUGGCAUCAACCAGGAGUUCACGUUUGAGCUGUUCAUCUGCGCCACAAUUUUAUUGGAGCACAGGGAGACACUCCUCAAGUGUCAAAAUGAGUCACAGCUGAUCCAUUUUGCUAACAGCCUACAGGGCAUGUUGGAUCUGAAUUAUACCUUGAAGAAGGCAGAGGAACACUUCUACAACUACUGUAAGCGAUCUGCCUGUGACCCCUGCAAUGGACCCUCCGAGCCUGGCAAGAAUAAAGAGGAGCUCUUCAUCCAGCACCUUCGCAGCUUCUUCUCCUGAGGGCAGACCAUGUCUGUUACAAGGGUGGAUCCAGUGCUGCUUUUCUAGAAACUCCUGUCUUUCAUGUGCCCUCUUGCAACUAUGAACGUAUGUUAAUACCUCUGGACUAAUGGGGACAUAACACCAUUCUGAGUGUUACACAGAAUUGAAAGAAAGGUCGUGGCAUCACCUCCUUAUUUUGCUGAAAAUGGCAGUAACCCAUGGUGUGUGGCGCAGUGGAUUAGGGUGCUGUGCUUGUGAUUAGAAGGUUUCCAGUUCAAAUCCUAGGGUCAACAGAGUGAUUUCACCAUGGCGUCCCUGAGCAAAGCCCUUAACCCCAAUUGCUACAGGGAUUGUCUCACCCUGCCUUCACAGAGCAAAGACAAUGUUUAGUUAGAAACACCUGCUUAAUUAAUAAGGUGUAAUACAUAAUAUACUUCAGACUGACAUAUAAUAAAUAGUGAAAUCACUUUUGCAAAGUUUGUAACAAUAUAUAAGAAGCUUCAGUUGGAUGCAUGAUUCUUCAGUCAGGCAUUAGGUGACCACACAUCACUUACUGCAAACUUAAUAUUAGCAGGAGCUUUAUAUGCCAAGCUUCCGUUCCUGAAAUAGAAAAACUUGGGCCAGGUGGUGCUUGUUCCAGAAGAGUCCAGACCUCUGCUUAUAUGUCAGCUACACAGAAAUAGCCAUGGCACAGAGUUCCCCACUGACCUCCCUUAAGGUUGUAACGAACUUAAAUGGAGCCCCUUGGUGUCUAUUUCCCAUUCACACUGAUCAAUUAUAGAAAAUUGAAGGCUGUGUAAUUAUGAUCAUACUGUUGGACAAUUGUAAUGCUUAUGAAUGUGGGAUGUCUCGUAACUUUAAUUUAUUAUAUGUAGACUAUUGUAAUUAAAUUGUCUAAAACUA